GUGGUCGCUGCUCAUCCAUCCCCUCGCCAUCAUGUACUUCCCCACCGGCUCUCUCGUGGCUCUGUCCCUUCUUGCUGGCGCGGCCUCCGCCGCGCCCACCCCCAUCAAGGGCAGAAGCAUCGUCCGCAGAGGCACCAACCACACCAUCUACAAGCCCACUGCCUUCUCCAGCGCCAGCACCUACAAGACCACCUCCAACUACAACGCCCUGAAGAAGAUCAAGUCCAAGGGCUCCGUCAACGCCCGCAGCGCCGCCUAUGCAAAGCGCUCGACCUCCAGCGGCGACUCCACCCUGAUCUCCCUCAUCGAGGGCGAGGAGUUCGCCACCGAAAUCACCAUCGGCUCUGACACCUUCGAUGUCAUCGUCGACACCGGCUCCAGUGACACCUGGGUUGUCGAGAAGGGCUUCACCUGCAUCGACCUCGACACGGGCCGUGAGACCACCGAAUCCGACUGUGAGUUCGGCUCCACCUGGUCUCCCGACAGCAACUUCAAGGAGAUCUCGGGUGAGGAGUUCGACAUCGAGUACGGCGACGGUGAAUACCUGUUCGGAGUCAUGGGCACCGAGUCGAUCACCCUGGCUGGUAUCACCGUUGACUCUCAGACCAUGGGUCUGGUCACCUCCGCUGCCUGGGAGGGUGAUGGAACCACCUCCGGUCUGACCGGUCUUGCCUACCCCUCUCUCACGAGCGCCUACUCCGAGCAGACCGAUGAGCAGGUCGAAUACAACGGCAUCAUCACCAGCAUGUGGAAGGACGGUCUGAUCGACUCCUACUUCAGUCUGGCCAUCGAGCGCGACGUCUCCGGCGACGCCGGCUACCUUGCCCUGGGCGGUCUCCCCCCCGUCAGCUACACCGGUGACUUCGCCACCACCCCCAUCCUGGUGACCAACAUCGAGGGCUACCCCGACACCUACGACUUCUACACCAUCAACAUCGACUCGAUGACCCUGAACGGCGAGACCCUCUCCGGUGCUGGUGGUGACUCCGUCCAGUACAUUGUCGACUCCGGCACCACCCUGAACUAUGUCCCCACCUCCAUCGCGGAGGAAAUCAACGCUGCCUUCUCCCCGGCCGCGACCUACAGCGAGGACGAGGGCGCCUGGAUCGUGGACUGCGACGCCACUGCCCCGACCCACGGCGUGACCAUCGGCGGCACGACCUUCUACAUCAACGCGCUGGACAUGAUCCUCGAGGCCGGCACCGACGAGAACGGCGAGGCGAUCUGCAUCUCCGGUAUUGUUGACGGCGGCAGCGACACCUCCGAGGACCUGUACAUCCUCGGAGACACUUUCCAGAAGAACGUCCUCACCGUCUUCGACAUCGGUGCCGUUGAGCUGAAGUUCGCCGCCCGUGAGGACUACACCUCCAACGAUACCUACUAA